UAAAACUUGAAAGACAGACUAUAAUAAACCCAACAAAAAAGGGAACAUUUUUUUUGACCAUUUUUUCAUUCACGAAUCGUCCAAUCAAAUGGUCAAUAAUCCUUGCCUUUGCAUGCAAUUAUAUAGUUAUCAAUGCCGUUCGUUCUGCAAUCUCCGUUCAUCUAAAUUUAUUCCGUACUUUGUAGCCUCCUUGGUUUUCUUUGACAACAAAAAGGUUGUAACUUUUUGGUCGGAAUAGAAGAAAAAACUGAAGAUGGCUAAAACUACUGAAAAUGAAGGAGAACCAACGAGUCUGGAGGAUACACCAACAUGGGCACUGGCAUCUGUUUGUUUCAUUUUGAUUGCUAUUUCUGUACUCCUUGAAUAUUCACUUCAUCUCUUAUCUAAGUUCUUACAAAGGAAGAGGAAGAAAGCUCUGCUUCAUGCUCUGAAUAAGAUUAAAUCAGAUUUGUUGCUUCUUGGGUUUAUCUCAUUGUUGCUGACUGUAAUUCAGAAGCCAAUCUCAACCAUAUGUAUCUCAAGGAGCGUUGGAAAAACCUUUCUUCCAUGCGAAAGUCUAAGCGAUGAUGAAGAAGGGGAAGAGCCCAAAUGUCAGCAACAGGGAAAGCUGUCUUUGAUUUCAGUGGAAGGUGCACAGCAACUGCAGAUGUUGAUUUUUACGCUCGCCUUCUUUCAUGUUUUCUCUUCCCUUAUCACAUUCAGUCUUGGAGAGGCUAAGAUGAGAAGAUGGGAAGCUUGGGAGGCAGAAACAAGAACAAUGGAAUAUCAGUUUUCAAAUGAUCCGCGGAGGUUCCAGUUUAUUCACCAAACAUCAUUUGGGAAGCGGCAUCUGAGGAGUUGGAGUGAACACAGGAUUUUUCGUUUGCCAGUUGUUUUCUUUAGGCAGUUUUUCGAGUCCGUAUCAAAAGUCGACUACUUAACUCUACGGCAUGGAUUUAUUAUGGCUCAUGGUAAACAAGAAAGCAACUUUGACUUCCAAAAGUACAUAAGGAGAACUUUAGAGAAAGAUUUUGGAGUGGUUAUUGGAAUGAGCCUCGGGAUCUGGAUUUUCUCAGUACUUUUCAUCUUCUUCAAUGCGUACGUAUUUCACAACUAUAUAUGGCUGCCCUUCAUUCCAGUACUGAUGCUGCUGGCAGUUGGGACAAAGCUACAAUCAAUCAUUACAAAAAUGUGUCUGGAUAGAAAUGAUAAAUCUCAUGUAGUUCGAGGUUCCCUGGUUGUGCAGCCCAGUGACCAUUUCUUUUGGUUCAGUCAGCCAAAGCUGCUGCUUCACCUAAUGCACUUUAUCUUAUUUCAGAAUUCAUUUCAACUGGCGUUCUUUUCAUGGACUUGGGUGAGAAUUCUCGGAAUCAUGUUUUUCACUUCUUCAGUCUGUCCAAUAUUUCUUGUCUGUAUAGCUAACAUGUGAUGCAUCUUACAACAGUAUAAGUUUGGACUUCGAUCUUGCUUUCAUCGGAAAACCGAGGACAUUGUGAUAAAACUCACAAUAGGAAUACUCGUCCAAAUCCUUUGUGGAUAUGUAACAUUACCCCUCUACGCUUUGGUAACACAGGUAAAUGCACUUGACCUGAAACAUGUUACUAUUCAGUGAAGUACUCAUGAAACAUGAAUCUUGUGGUUUAAAUUCUGAGCAUUUUUUCUUGAUUAUUAUGGUUAAACAGAUGGGCACAUCUGCUUUGGAAAAUGUGUUCCCUGAGGUAGUGGUAAAGGGUCUCAGAAGAUGGCAAAGAAAAGCGAAGAAAAACAUCGCUAGAAAGAACGUUUAUUGGGCAGACGCAUCAGUAGAUCACUCCCUUACUUCAUUGUCAUUCAGCACACUUGAUGCCUCUGUAACUGCUGAACUUGGGAUUACAGCCGAAGAGGAUGAAUUGUAUCCAUCAACUGAAAUAGCAGAAGAAGGCAGUGAUGCUACAAGGCAAGUGAAUAGAUCAGAAUCUUUUGAAGGUUUCGGUUUAAGAAAUAUUGCAGUAGAAUAAGGUCAUUUUUCUUUUUCUUCUUUUACCCUUCCUUUGAGAGAUGAUAACCCUGAGUACAUGUCUAUAUAUGGGGAGAUUGAUUUCAGGGGAGUUGUAAUUCGAAGCUGACCAUUUUUGUGAUCAGAUUAACAUAGUAGGUUGAGCUGCUAAUUCGCCUAGCACAUGUAUAUUUUGGUUAAUCCAUCCCAUUUUCAGUAGUUUAAUUUCAUCAUAAAGUAAAUUGGACUGAAACUUAGAUGCAUCUCAGCUAAUUGG